ACAGCUCCCUUUUACAGGCCCCUCCCAGGCUGAUUGCAUGAUACUCUUCAACAUCUAGCACAUAAGACUCAACGCCUUCUAACUUUCUGCCUAUUUGCUGUUCUGAAGUUCGUCCUCAGUGCAGGUCAACGGAAUAAGAACAGCUUUUGUAAGAUGGCUGCCUUUCUUCAUCACUGCCCCUUCCUGAAGGCUGUUCCAAAGCCAGCUCUAAGAAGAACUGGAGCUGCUUUGCUUUCUCUUGCCGACCAAUGUCCAAUCAUUGCUCGGCAGAUCACAGUUAGCGGUACAGGUUCUCUGGAGAAAAACCUGAGUUCAUCAUCCACCAGGCCAAAUGGCCACCAGCUUCCAACACUGGACCAAAGGAGGAGGUUUGCUCAAACUGCCACUCAGGUUGCAGUGUCUGCAUCGAAGGGCUGCCCCUUUGUAACAUCGCAGAUUGGGAUGGUGAAGGCAAGCCCUGAGGUCCAGGAGGAUGUUGAAGAAGGUUUGAUGACUUCUCUGUUGAAAGGUUUAAAAGAGUCUGUGUUUCCAUCGUCCCUUCAAACCAACACUGCCAUCCAACUCAAUGACAACAUGGUUGGGCCAAGUUAUGACUAUGACAACUUCUUUAUGGAGAAGAUCGCUGAGAAAAAGAAGGAUCACACUUACAGAGUGUUUAAGACGGUGAACAGGAGUGCCAAAGAAUUCCCUUAUGCAGAGGAUUACUCCAGCUCUGCUGAAAACGCCUCUCAGGUUUCCGUGUGGUGCAGCAAUGACUAUCUAGGAAUGAGCCGUCACCCGAAGGUCGUGGAUGCUAUUAGAGAUGCCCUGGAGAAUCACGGGGCAGGAGCAGGUGGGACCAGGAACAUUUCUGGCACCAGCAACUUCCAUGUGACUAUGGAAAAGGAGCUUGCCCAGCUGCACAAGAAAGACGCUGCUCUGGUGUUUUCCUCCUGCUUUGUUGCAAAUGACUCCACCCUCUUCACUCUGGCUAAAAUGCUUCCAGGCUGUGAGAUCUACUCAGAUGCAGGGAACCAUGCAUCAAUGAUCCAAGGCAUCAGGAACAGCAGAGCCAAACGCUUCAUCUUCCGCCACAACGACAGCCGACAUCUGGAGGAACUGCUGCAGCAGUCAGACCCAAAGACUCCAAAGAUAGUGGCGUUUGAGACUGUGCACUCAAUGAACGGAGCCAUAUGUCCUUUAGAAGAGCUGUGUGACGUUGCUCAUCGCUAUGGAGCCCUGACUUUUGUGGAUGAAGUCCACGCUGUGGGUCUGUAUGGGGCCCAUGGUGCCGGAGUCGGAGAGAGGGACAACGUCAUGCAUAAGAUUGAUGUGGUGUCCGGAACCUUGGGAAAGGCGUUUGGUUGCGUCGGAGGCUAUAUUGCCAGCAGCGCUGCCCUGGUGGACACGGUGCGCUCCUACGCAGCAGGCUUCAUCUUCACCACUGCGCUGCCCCCAAUGGUCCUGGCUGGGGCUCUGGAGUCUGUGCGGGUCCUUAGGAGCACAGAGGGCCAGGGGCUGCGCAGGGCCCACCAGAGGAAUGUGAAACUCAUGAGGCAGCUGCUCAUGGACAAAGGCCUACCUGUCAUUAACUGCCCGAGCCACAUCAUCCCCAUUCGGGUCAGCAAUGCUGAGCUGAACACUAAGGUGAGCGACAUCUUAAUGGAGAGACACAACAUUUAUGUCCAGGCCAUUAACUACCCCACUGUGCCUCGUGGUGAGGAGCUGCUGCGCCUUGCUCCAUCUCCCCAUCAUGACCCCAGCAUGAUGGAGGACUUUGUGGUGAAACUCAUGGAUGUCUGGCAGGAGGUGGGUCUCCCUCUCAAUAGCCCAGCCACAGCCUCCUGUACCUUCUGUGACCGUCCACUACACUUUGACCUCAUGAGUGAAUGGGAGAAAUCCUACUUUGGCAAUAUGGAGCCCCAAUAUAUCACUGUGUCUGCUUAAUGACAAAGUACAUGCUGCGUCUCUCUCUACAUAUAAUGCACAAACAGUAAAAGCAUAUCUUUAAUGAAUCCCAAUUAACUCAACCCAUACAGAUAAACAUAUUAAUGCCCGGAUAUUGUAUUUAAAUUAUCCUUUACAUUUUAAACCCAGUAUUUAUUUGUUGCUUUUCUGUUUUUGUUUUUUGGCUUUUCAAAGAGUGUUUGCUGCCAUGAAUAAAAUUUAAGAAAUGUCUCCUGCAUUUUAAAAACUCGAAACCUGCACAUUUGGCACUUUUUAAAAAUACUCCUCUUCAGGAGGGACAGUUUGAAAUAAAUAUCAUGGGUUGAAGUCCUGCUUUUCUGUCAAUUAAGAACCUAUAUCAAUUGCUUGUUUUUAUAGUGACUUUACUAAUGUUCUGAUGGUAAAUGUAAUAUGUACUAUAUUCAGGUAAUCUGAUUGUGUUGUUCAGUACUAAAAAAAUAACAAUAUAUUUCACAUUAAACAUACCUCCAUCGUGGAAGACAUCAA